AUGAAGGAAUUCAAGAUCAAUGUGCCCCAGCUGGGGCCAAGACUGACAAUUGCGUUCUCCAUCAUCUGCAGCACUCUGACCAUGUGUAAUUAUGCUUAUGAUGCUGCUAUGAUCAAUAGUCUCUAUUCGAUUCCCAGCUUCUCAAUAUACUUCGCGAUGACAAGCACAUGGAGUGGCUUGAUUGUUGCUAUGAUGGGAAUCGGCUCCAUUGGUGGCCUUCCACUGGCAUCUAUAUCCCUUGACAUGCUUGGUAGAAAAUGGGGUAUGGCAAUUGGAGCCGUCAUUCAGCUCAUUGGAGCAUUGGUGUCUGCUCUGGCGCAUAACAUCGCAGCGUUGUUGAUUGGGCGAUUCCUGAUAGGAGCUGGCUUGAUCAUCAAUGGAACAGGUGCUCCAGCGUGGAUGGUGGAGAUAUCUCCACCAUCCCGUCGGUCUCUUUUCACCAAUCUCAUGCUAGCGCUUAUGUCAAUUGCUGGGGCUAUUGCAGCGAUUAUUGCACUGGCAAUCAACGGCCAUGAUACCGAAUGGGUGUGGCGUGGUCCUCUACUGGCUUUCGACCUUCUUGUCCGCCUACACGCCAGAGGCAACCGCGAAGAUACCGUGGUUUAUCUGGAGUUUGAGGAAAUUGUGGCAGCUGUCACAUACGAGCAGGAGCAUGCGGGCUCUUGGAAGAGUCUUGUCUCAACCAAGUCUCAGAUACAUCGUUUCUCGCUUGCUGUUCUCAGCAACGUCUUUCUUCAAGCUUCCGGGUGUAGCUUUAUGCAGUACUUCUUCACCUUGGUAAUCGCGCAGGCUGGCGUGACCAACACAAACACUCUUCUGUACCUAACACUAGGUCUCUGCAUCUGGCAAGCUCUGUCCAACCAAUGUGGUGUCUUGAUUAUAGGAAAGUUUGGACGCAAAACUGUGAUGCUCUUUGCCUCGGUCGUCCUGACUUUGUGCUUUAUCCUCCUCACCAUCCUUCUGUAUAAAGCCAGUUCGACUGGAAACACAAAAUAUGGCAUCGGCGGCACCGCCAUCAUCUUCAUUUUCCAAUGGACUGCCGCUAGCUCAUGGAUGCUUCUUGCCUACUCUUACCCACCAGAAAUCCUCACUUUUGCGCAGAGAACACGCGGGUUAUCCAUCAGCCAAGCAGUCGGUUACGGCCUAGUGACAAUGUUUUCCUACUGUCUACCCAUAGCCGUCACCAACAUCGGUUACAAAUGGUACGCGAUACUUGCUUGCUUGAAUGCCGGCAUAUUUGUUGUUGUCUAUUUCGUCUUUGUGGAAACGAAAGGUAAAACCCUCGAAGAGAUCGAUAUCAUCUUCGAAGGUGCCGAGGCUUUUAACACCCGUCGGAUGGGAUCUGGCAUUGGUAAAGACCCUGCAAGUAUCGAACAUGUUGAAGAUACAUCGGCUGCUGUCUAUAUGCCUUCUCUUAUUAAGAGCGACUAG